AUGCGCCACCUGGUGGCCAUGAAGCGCCUGCUGAUCGACGUGCGGCGGAUGGCGGGGCUGAGCGGCGGCGGCGGGAGGGAUGACUUGGGGAUGGCCUGUCGGGGGCGAUCGGAGGGCCGGUCGAGAGACGAGGGAUUUGAAUCUGGAUCGCCGACGGCGGGCGGGGCGACGGGGCGUGGGAGGAAGAGGCGGAGGGCCGAAGAGGGCGGGGCGUCCCAAGACAUGGCAGAGGUAGCCAAAGCUACUGCCAGGAAGCCCAAGGAUGGAACAAUGAAGAGCCGUCAGGAGAGCUCAAAGGAUGAGGCAGCCAUUGAUGCAUCUUUGAGGGAAGAGAAUGAAAAGAAGGAAAUGGAGCGAAGGGAGAGGCAGAGGAUGCUGCAGGCCGCCGCCCGCGAGGCCCACGCUACCGGAAAGGAGUAUAUUUCAGCAAAGAAACUGCGUGCUGCUGCAAGACCACCUCCGAAGAAAAUCCAGGUGGCGGUGAUUCCUGUGUAUUGGAGCACGGAAGGACGGGAGGAGGAGAAGGCGGCGGUCAUCACAUACGCCAGAAACCUCAUGACUAAAUUGGAGGCGACCGGCGUGGUGUGCAGGCUUGACAUGCGCGAUGGCCUGAAGCCCAGCCAGAAGAUGACGUACUGGGAGAGCCGUGGCGUGAAGGUCCGCCUGGAGGUCGGGCCCGAAGAACUGAAGGCCCAAAAGUGCGUCAUCGCGGUCCCCAAGGGCCCGGGCGAGGUGGCUCACCGCACGCGCGUGCCCGCAGGGGACCAAGUGCCACGCAAGGUGCGGCGGGCUUUAAGGAACCUGGGGGUGGAACUGGGCGACAGGCCGACGGCCGGGAAAGCCGACAAAGGGCUGGAAGGCAAGCCAGAAAAAGCGCUUGAAGUUUGUGAGGAAGUUCAAAAAACUUCGAAAAAAGCGAAAGAGACGGUUGGUGUCUGGGGGCCUGCGGGAGGAGGUGGGCAAGCAGCGGUUGGGGGAAAUGGGAUAGUCAAAGGUGGAUCUAAGGAAUGGGUCGGCGGCGACGACCUCGGCGACGAUUUUGACGACGGGGGGGAUGGGUUGGACGACGGCGAGGAGGACGUCGACGACGAAAGCGAGGAAGGGGGGGGAGAAGGAGGGUAUGACGUGGACAGCGAUGAGGACGACGUCGUGGAGGCGAAGGGCCGGGAGGCCCUGCGGCACUUGAGCGGGGACGAUCUGGGCGAUGCCUUCGCGGAUGUUGGGGAAGGGAAAACUGGCGAUCGGUUCGCAGAUUGA